AAUAGGCGGGGCUGGCCAGUUUCUUGCGUGCGCGGCUUCUCAGUAGUUGAAUUGACUGUCCCAGUGAUGCAAGGUACCACAUCGUGCCAGGCUGCUGAAACCGAUGAAGGAGGUACGUGUGUCUUGUAGCCUGAAGCACCAGUAUAUCAGUACUGGUCCAAUUUAUUAUAUGUCUGGGAACGAUGGCGGCGGAAUGCAGCCAGGAGGCUGUUUUGGAGUUUUUGAUAGAAAGAGGUGGGCGAGUGAGAAACGUGGAUUUAAUAGAGAGAUUCAAACCCUUCUUGACUGGCGAUCCUGCGCGGCGAGCGGAGGCUAGAGAGCGGUUCAAGGAUCUCGUGGACGAAGUGGGUUUUGUGAAGAUGGACAAUGAGGUUCGUUAUGUCUGCCUCAAGAAAAAAUACAUGGCUACUUUCCUAGCCCGCUCCAAGUCUUGUUUAGCUAACGGUACACUAGAAGAAGACAAAACGGGCAUUCAGGCAGCAGUUACGACCGGAGAGGCGGCUAAGGGGCCGCGAUCAAGAACUGCAAGCCCGGCCGGAGAGAACAACUGCGGUGAAGCCAGUUCGGCUGCUUCAAGUCGAUUUAAAAAUGCCGCAAUUGGUGAUGCAAAACCAGAGGCUGUGUUACCUGUGUCAGAUUACGGAACUAUGAGAAAGGAAGUUUUGACAACACCGCGUACACCUCUGGAAUUACGAGAAUCCUCGCUUUCUGAGGUGCGAGCAGAAGGGAGCGAAGAAAGUGUGUUGGGCAGGAGGACGGCGAUUCAAAUGGGCAAUACUUCUCCAGCUGUUGUUGCCGCUUCUACUCCUGAUGGAUCAGGGGGCACACCUAAGGCAAAGUUCCAACCACUGGAAAAGUCAGGAGAAAAACAACCGAUUAGCAGCGGCCAGGACAGGGAUGAAGGCAUACACUCGGGGAACAAUACCCGACGCACACUCUCUGUUGAGCCUAAAGAGAACACGCACCAGACUGUGUCCACCGAUCUCUACGAAAUGAGACCUACUUCGACCGAUUUGCCUACAGAAAUCUCAAAGUUGGAAUCGCCUGUUCCCGAAACAUGGAAUACCUCUAGUCCGUUGACUGAAGAGCUGACUGAAUUUCACAGCCCUCCCCUGGAUAACACAGCUGCGACAGAUGACACAGGCACCUGCAAGGAGGGCGGACAGGGCGACAACACUCAAAGCCAGGACUGUUCAGUACGGAGAUCUGUUAUUCCCAAGAGGAGACAGCCCUCGAGGAAAAGUGUCAAACGCGAACAGUUGCCUGAUAGAGAGUCGCGGGACAUAAUAGUAGGUGAGACAUCCCCUGAUGCAAUGAGCAUCACCCCAAUGCACAGCCGGAAAAGUUUGAAAAUGAUCUCCAACUCCCCACAGCUGAUGAACAGACGCAGCUUCCAGCAUUCUGGAAGAUGCAAAGACUCUUGGAAAAAUGAAAAUGAUUCGGCGUCAUUGCUGUCGUCCACGGACGAAGAGAGCGGCUUUGUGUCCCUUGACCCUUUGGAGCACGAGUGGAUGAUGUGCGCCUCAGACGGACAGUGGGAGGACCUCAAUCGGCUGCUCUGCUGCGAGCCCACCUUAGUUCUUAAACGAGAUUUUGUGACCGGUUUUACUUGCUUACACUGGGCAGCCAAGCAAGGUAAGCAAGAGCUAAUCGCCCUGUUGGUGAACUUCGCCAAGCAGCACGAUGUACUAUUAAACAUUAAUGCCCGCUCCAGCGCUGGGUACACGCCUUUGCAUCUGGCUGUCAUGCAUAAUCACACGGAGGUGAUCAAACUGCUGGUGGGUGCCUACGACGCCGACGUGGAUAUCCGGGACUACAGUGGCAAGAAAGCCUGGCAGUAUCUAAGAGAUAACGUGCCCGAAGAUAUUCGCGAUAUUGCCGGUGCCACCCGCAACGCAGAUCCUCAUGCACCCGGCAACGGGGCGGGCCGCUGGAGGUUCUCGAGAGUCCUUUCAGCCAACUUAAUGCCUUACAAGCUAAUGCACGUCCCAGAAGAGGACACGUAUGACAGCGAAAUGUCAGGCAAAUCCAAGAUGAUCCAUCGUAAAUCGACGUCAGUGGGCAGCACCAGGAUCAGACCCCGACUGAACAGAAUUCGAUUUAAGACGCAAAUUGUUCAUAGCACUUCAUUUCGAGAGUCGGAGGAUGAGGACAGGUCUGUGAGGAGCCCCACCAAAUCCAGACCAAAGUCUACCCUUUUUGGUUGAAAACCGGUAGUUACCGAAGGUGUUUUUACUAAAGUAGCAGCUACAUUUCGCAAAUGGGGAAGGGACAAUUUCCGACCUCCCCCCAGGGUUCAAAAUGAAAUGUGCCAACUUUUGCAGAGCGAAGCUGACUAACCAGUACUGCUACAAUAGGUGUGACGGAACGUCUCCCACCUUUUUAAUUGUGGAAAAUGUAUGGAAUUUCAUGGAACUGGAUGAAUCGAACACACUUCCAAGUGGGCUGGUAACCACAGGAACGUGAAGUGAGCACUUUUCUCAUUUUUAGUUUUGUGAAUUUUAGUUUACUAUGUAACAUAACUAAUGCUGUACGUUUAUAAUUCUAAUCUUUUAAGGAUGAAUACGGAUUUGGUAAUGGUGUUUAUUGUACAUGGGGAUUCCUAGUUUCAAAUGGAAAAAGACCUUUUUGUAAUAUUUAGAGAAAGCUUGCCAUACGUUGAUGUUUUGUGGCAGAUAACAAAUGUGCAUUUGGUGUUUUUAAUGUUUACUAUAUUCUUUUGUAAACCUUUCUUACAUUAAUUAUGGUGUACAGUGCGUUUUUUAUGUGUUACUCUUUGUGGAGUUAACGUUUACAUGAAUUGUUUAAUCUGUAUGUAUGCAGGGCCUGGAUGCCCAGUGUCUUUUUUUUUAACAUUUAUUUUUGUGUCUUAGUUAUCUCACAGAGUAAUUAUGCCCUCACAUGAUUCAAUUUGUAUUAAACUUACAUGAGAAAACUAGCUUUGUUAAAGGUUUUGUACAAAAUAAAAGGACUUGUUAGUGUUGUACACUAUUCUAACUA